CUGCUCACGCUAUCGACAGCUCGUACGUAGAGCGGAGCCCUUCACAUGGCGAGAUGUUACUUCGUGUUGACAAAGUGGGGACGGCAUCGACGUCAGCCAUUAUGGAAGUGUAUAGACUCUGGGGACUACGGUAUAUAACUUCUGUUCCAUCUCAACUAUCAUAUCCAUCCACCAACCAUCACCUUCGCUUUCCUACAAUUUUCCUACACCAACACUCGCUACAGUGUCACCACAAAAGCCUUCUAAUACUUAAUUCCAUCUCGACAACUUCCAGAUCAAUCACCUAGGACUCAAAUCAGCAAUACCAUCAAGAUGCGUUACUCUUACGUUGCUGCUACCCUCGUCGGCUCGGCCUUGGCCAUGCCUCAAUACGGCUACUCAGCGGUUGUCCCCACUGGAUAUCAGCCUGCACCAACUCCCUCCUCCAAGCCGUACGAGGCGUCCACGCCCAGCUCUGAGGUCCACUACCCAGCCAGCACACCAGUCUACGAGGCAUCCACUCCUGCCGCAAGCUCAUCGGUCUACCAUGCUUCGACUCCAGUCUACAGCGCGUCUACUCCAAUCUACAGCGCUUCCAAGCCCGCUGAGAGCUCGUCGGUCUACAAGGCAUCUACCCCUGCCGCCUACAGUGCCUCCACUCCUGCCGCAAGCUCAUCGGUAUACCACGCUUCCACUCCAAUCUACAGCGCGUCGACUCCUGCAGUGAGCUCGUCAGCAUACCACGCCUCCACUCCGGUCUACAGCGCUUCUGUUCCCGUCUACAGUGCUUCCAAGCCCGCCGAGAGCUCUCCGGUCUACCACGCUUCAACUCCCAUCUACAGUGCCUCCAAGCCUGUCUACAGCGCGUCCCACCCAGCCUACAGUGCCUCCACCCCCGUCUACCACGCCUCUUCCUACGGAACUGGUUACGUCAAGCCUACUCCCAAGCCUUCAUCGGCUGUUGAGUACCCCCACUCCGACAUCACGACCACGCUCACCUCCACCCACACAGCUUGGGUGCCAUGCAGCACCUCAGUUGGCCACGGAGAGCACUCCAGUGUCAUCUACUCAACCUACUUGACCCCAACCUACUCCACUGUCACUGUGACAUCGACCAUCCACGGCUCGAAGCCCACACCUGACAUGCCCGAGUACCCAGCUGCCACCCCCUCCUCAUCCACUAAGGAGUACCCGGCUGCCACCCCUUCAAGCUCGGCGGCCCACUACCCCGUGAACACUCCUUCGUCCUCGAAGGUGACCCCCCAGCCCACCGGCUACGUCGCCUACCCCCACUACUAAGCUACUCGGGUAGCUUGAGCAGAUUCUCUUCACCUAUCAAGCAAAGAUUUUGGGCGGCCUAGGUGUUUUGACUGCAGAACAAUUGCUGUAGCUCUUCUGUAUUGGGGGACCUCAUUCCCUCGCCUUGCACAGCUCCAGCGUUCUAGUUCUGCUUUAUCACGGUUUUCACGCGUUUGGGUUUCCUUCUUCAACUGUUUAUAUUGAACGAACAAC